GACUCCUUUUGCGAUAAACUUACCACUUAUUUUCCUAUCCACCAAGGUGUUCAUGCUGUGGUACGAACAGCGUGGCCAGCUGUCAGGGAGAUAAUUCAUGAGAUUAUCGGGCAGCGACGGAUUGAAGACACAGCCGACUUUGAUCAUGAGCGACCUGAAACGUGUGGACAUUUGAAUACCCUGAUUCACGAUAGCGACCUUCAAGAGAUAGACAAAGAGGCAUGCUCCCAAGCAGUUAUAGCUCUGCAGAACAUUUUCGAUAUAUGUGAAGUGGAUUCAGGGGUCCACAUUCAAAUUCCUUUUACAAUAUCAUGGACAAUGCUAGUGUCCGCCCGAUUUGGUGAUAUGGUUAGGAGCCGGAUCCCAGAGGCACUCGUUAUACUGUCUUUCUAUGCUGUGCUGUUGCAUCGCCACCGUUCGUUUUGGGUGUUUGGCGACUCGGGACGGUUUUUGAUCCAGUCAAUCUCGACAUAUUUAGGGACAAAAUGGGAACAAUGGCUUCUGUGGCCAAAUAGCCAACUGGCAGCAACAUGACUUGGAAUAUUACAGGGAGUGUAAUCUUGGGUACCUCUUCCGUGUUGAAGCCAGGAUAUAAAGGUAGUGGUAAAUGGAAUUAGAGUAGGCCAAGACUUAAAGCUUAUAUAGUACUACCUACUAGGGGGGCGUUAAACAAUGAUCAUAUAGAAUAGAAGUUGGAUUGA